AUGGUAUCGACUGGAGUCCAAUUGUGGAAGGUAUCACAAGCUCAACCGACUGUCAGAGAAAGUCUGAGAAGCCCGUUGGAGACAUUUGUGAGAGUUCAAGCUCUGUUUGGCAUUUCUUUGGCUAUCGCAACACUUAUCAUGCGGCCCGAUGAGAUCGACCCAUUGAACGGAUAUGCCCUAAUCUUGACAGCUAUCAUGGGUUUCCUCCCACCAGUGUUCACCCUUAUGUUGCUUCAUAGCCACGGAGUACGAUCGCGUUUCUCGACCGCAUUGGUAUGUGCAAGCUAUUUGCUCAACACCGUGACCUUUUUCGUACUCGUUCGGAACCUCUCGAUUUCUACACAUGACAGGCUCUUUUUGGAUAAAGCCAUAGACAGCCUCUUCAGUGCCGAAGCAUGUGGCGGUGGCUCGGCUAUAUCACUUUGCUACCAGCUGACUGGUACGGACCCCGUCGGUUUCCUCUCCGGCUUUUACGACAACAGUUCGUUCGCAAAUAUCAAGACUGUACCACUCCUAUGGAUAUGGACAACGCUGGUGUUACUCGUGUUGAUCACCAGACACCUUGUGGCUACCACACAAAAGAGAAGCGACGCAGUGGGUCAGUUACCGCCUGCCAAGCCCCAAGGUCUUCAUCGGAGCAAGCGACCUUCCGGAUUUCAUGCAUUCUUGAGUUGGUCCUUUGGACAAGUCGUAGCCUUGUUGUUCUGGGUGCCACCAUUCCUUGAUAUUCUCCGGUCAAUGUAUGAGAAGGAAAAGUAUGAAAAGGUUCAGAAUGCGCAUGAAAGCCAGAGCUAG